GAGCCGCCAUUGAAGGCGAGGCCGCAUACCUUGAAGGCCAGGCCGCAUAUCAGUGGCGUCAUUCCGUCCAAAUAUGGUGCGAAACGUAAUGCGUAGCAAGCUACCUACAAGGUGAAUUCGAAGAACUUUCUCUUAUCUAAAAGAUGCCGUCGUGUUCGGCCCCGGGCUGUAAAAACAGAUCCGAAAAGGAUAGGGAAAGAGGAGUUACUUUCCAUAAUUUGCCUGCAAAGAACGUAAAAUUGGCAGAGAAGUGGCUCGAACAGCUACGGCGGGAUGAGAGAUUAAUGCCAAAAAAACUCGAAAAUCUUUACGUAUGCAACGAGCAUUUCACAGACGACUGUUUCAAAACUGAAUAUCGAUUUGAACUUUUGGGUGGAAACACAAGAAGGAGGUCAUUGAAGAAAGAUGCUUUUCCGACAAUUUUUCAACGGAAGCCCCUUGUUAAGGCAGAGGAACGAAAAGAGGUUGUUAACUUGUUGUUGGAAACAAAACAUACAUCUGCGGAGUGUCAAGAAAUUUUCGAAGAUGGUAAAGGAGAGGACUCUAGCAAACCUGUCCAAAAUGUAGUAAAUAAAUAUGCUAGUGCUGUGACGUUUGAGCAGUCGAUGGAAGUUACUAGUACAGAAAACCAAGUUCUUAGCGGUGGUCCUAUAGACGACAUGGUGGUCAGGGAUGUGAUAUCACAUGGAGCUGUAAAAGCGCACACCCCUUUACAAAUUCCAGUACCAAGAUCUGCCAGUGUUGUUACUUCUGAACAGGGUGUGGAAAUUACUGGUACAGUGAACUACGUUAUUGGCAGCCCAACCCAUAUGGCCAAAAGCGUACUGGAUUGCAUGCUGGUUGAAGACAUGAGUACAUUUGAAGAGGUAGAAACGUGCAAACCUGUCCAAAUUCGAGAACAGAAAUCUGCAAGUGCUAUUACAUCUGAAAAUGCAGGGAACAUUGCUACCAUAAACAAUGUUUUUAGCGGUCCCGUCCACAUCAUUGAAAUUGUAACAAACAUGGGGAAGAUGCAUGUACAGUCUGUAGAUGUUGGAAUGCAGACUGAUCCUUUGAGUGAGUGUUCUCCAACAUUUGACACCAUAAUGACGCCAUGUAUGAAGCAAAAGUUAGUCGACCAGGAUCACUCCUAUUGUAAAAAGAAACUGGAACCUCAGCCUACACAGCCUAAAUGCACGACAGAUCAUUAUGUUAAGGAUGAGGCCAGACAAAACAUUGAUAGUUCUAGUGACAAGUGGGAGGCUGAAAUUAAGGAGGCAGGUAUUGAUUAUGACUCUGAUGAGGACUGGGUACCUGGAGACGAAGAGGUUGAUUCUGAUGAUGAAAAUCUUGUUUUUUAAGUAUGAGAAGUCUGAAGCUAACUGGCUACAGGAGGAAGAAGAACUGUGCAAAGAGAAUUGUUGUUUGCAAAUCAAAUUUGCAUCCUUGAAGCCUUAUCUGUGUCACAAGCUCAUGCAAAGGUGGUCACACAGAAAACUGGUUUUCACACCCUUCACUAUGAGAAUUGCUACUGGAAAUCUUGUUUGCAGUGGUGGGAUUCUCAAUUUCAUGGAGGAGGAGGGACUGAAACAAUGUCUGGAGAAUUUAGAGGGAUGGCCAGGCUAUCGAUAUUUGGCAACAGAGAGCAAAUCCAAGUUGGAGCCAUGACGAGAAAAGACAAGCCCAACAUAAAGAACCAGUUUGAUCCUUGGCACUUAGCAAAAUCAGUGAGGAAAGAACUGGUCGCUGCUUCAAAAAAGAAAGAGUGCGCAGACUUUGUUCCUUGGAUUUCUUCUUUCAUGAAUUGCCUGUAGUGGAGUGCAGCCACUCGCGACGAGGACCAACAUCUUUGCCAAGAGAAGUGGAAUCAACUGUGUACCAAGUGGCAGGAGAAACUUGCAAAAUUUAGGGGAGGGGCCCAGGAGGCCCCCCUCCCCCCCGCCCUUCACUCUGUUGAUAUUUUUCUUGAGACAGAAAUUUUUGGACUCAAGCGUUAAUCGAAGUAAUCAGAUCAUAACUGAGGAAGGAUAUUUAUGUUGCAAUUUAAACAAAAUAAAUAAAACUGAUUAAUUGCUGUA